AUGGGUGAUGCCAAGGAUGAGGAAGGGAUGGGACAACAUGCGGAUGCGGUGGCUGAAGGGCAACCUCAAGACUUGAAUCCGCCUCAACAACCCCUGGUUGAUACACACCCCAAUUCCCUUGAUGCCCAUACUGAAACUGAUCCUCAAACUUCUAUUCCCUCUGCUCCUCAUAUCACGCAUGAUGGGGAACGCUCCCCUCUUGUGAAGGGGGACGAGGAACAAUUCAAGAGUGAGGUGAAUGCACUCCCGGUAGUGAAUGAACCGUUGAAGAAGGAGGUCAACGUGAUGGAGCUUCAUUCCCCUGCAGUUAAACCUCAUUCACCUGAGAAAGAGGAAAAGUUGGAUAAUGUGGUUAAACCCUGUUCUCUUGAGAAACAGCAACAGUUGGAUGAUAAAGUCAAAGCAGUGGAGCUUCACCCACCCCAUCCCCAAGUUGAGUCUCAUCCUCAUGAAAGUCAGCAAAAUUUGAAGAAUGAGGUUAGUGGAAUGGAGGUGCCCGCGCCGGGAGAUGAACUUCAUUCUCCUCACAAGGAGGAACAGUUGAAUAACGAGGUCAAUGCAAUGAAGGUACAGACAACCAUAACUGAACUUCCUUCUCAUGAAAACGAAGAACAAGGGAAGGAUGAGGUCGAUGCAGUGGAGGUAGAAACACCCAGUGUUCAAGCGCGUUCUCAUGAGAAUGAGGAACAAUUGAAGACUGCAAUGGACAUGGAUAUGCCUGUAGCUGAAGCCCAUUCUCAAGAGAAUGAGGUGACUGCAAUGGAGGUACACACGCCCAGAGAAAAUGGCAACUUAAACCAAUCGUUUCUUUUAGAGACAAAUUUGUAUGAGGGCAACGAAUCAGGUACUGAGGAGGAGCAAGUGGCAUUCAUGAAAGAGCUGGAAAAUUUCUUUCGGGAAAGGAGCAUGGAAUUCAAGCCUCCUAAAUUCUAUGGUGAAGGAUUAAAUUGCCUUAAAUUAUGGAGAGCGGUGACUAGAUUGGGUGGCUAUGACAAGGUGACUUCAUGCAAACUGUGGCGGCAAGUGGGAGAGUCCUUUAAACCCCCAAAGACAUGUACUACUGUUUCAUGGACAUUUCGAGGUUUUUAUGAGAAGGCACUUCUGGAUUAUGAAAGGCAUAAAACACGUGGCGGUGAGCUCAGUGUUCCUGUUUCUUCCCUGGCAGAGCCCAUGAAUGUUGAAAAUCAGGCUUCAGGAUCAGGCAGAGCACGAAGGGAUGCUGCAGCUCGGGCGAUGCAGGGUUGGCACUCACAGCGUCUUCUUGGUAACGGUGAAGUUGGUGACCCGAUUAUCAAGGAUAAGAGCUCCAUUUCUUUGCAAAAGCGGGAAAAACAGCUCAAAAACAUUGGUUUACUUAAACGCAAGAAACCAUCGAACCUUGAGCAUGCUGUCAAAGCUGCACGCACCAAAGCAGCUAAACCACAAUUGGACACAGCAGUUGUUGAUAUUGGACCCCCAGCUGAUUGGGUGAAGAUCAAUGUGCGGAGAACUAAAGAUUGUUUCGAGGUUUAUGCUUUAGUUCCUGGGCUUCUGCGAGAGGAGGUGAGGGUUCAAUCAGAUCCAGCAGGGCGGUUAGUUAUAACCGGGGAACCAGAGCAUCCUGAUAAUCCUUGGGGCGUCACGCCAUUUAAAAAGGUUGUCAGUUUACCUUCAAGAAUCGACCCACACCAGACAUCAGCUGUGGUGACACUGCAUGGACAAUUGUUUGUCAGAGUUCCAUUUGAGCAGUCAGAUUAGCAGGAAUCUGGGAGGAGAAACUCCUGCUGAGAGGUUUGAAGUUAGACCCAAGUUACCAGUGAAAUCUCCAGAGCGAAGGCCAUGCUAAUCCAUUUAGGAAUGUCUAUAUUUUUAGUUAGUCUUUCAACUCCAGAAUAUUUUAUUUUUUCUCACUUGGACUGAAGUAGUACAAUUCACCUGACUCCAAUAUUUUCUAGUUGGUUCAACUAUAUUAUGAUAAAUUGUAUUUUGGGUAGGUAGUGGUAGUCCAAAUUCAA